UAAAGUGUUUACUCUUCGGUCUGUUAAUCUUAUUUCAAGAACGUGGUAUCCAUUGCGUUCAAAAUGUCCAUCGAUAGUGUUUCAAGAUUAAAGUGAUUAUUGAAUAAUCUGUGUCUACCUCGAUCAAGAUAAUCCUUACUUUUAUGGCAAAGUUUUAUCACUGUUACGCAUUAUAUCCAUUAGAUGGUGCUGAUUAAUUUUUAUUAGACUCCGAAAAUGGCCUUACAAUCGUUGGCAGCCUUCUGAUUCAACAAAUUUUCAGUGUCUCUUUAAACUUUGAUUAUAAUUCAAUCUACUCUUCAUUCAAUUGUCUUUAUUAUCCCUUUUUUUUUCAUUAAAAGUCAAACACUUUAUGCUAUGCUAGUCGAAGUUUUAUGCAGACAUUUAAAUAGAGUUUCUGGUCUGUUGAUUAAAAUGUAUUCAUGGUAACCUUUUAUGUGACUCCUCCCAAGGAAGACUGUCUUUCUUGUUAAAUCUGUGAUUCCCUUCAUCACUUUAUUGUUUUUAUAAGUUUGUUAUCCCUUUUUUAUAUUCCUAUCAGUCUCUUUUCCCUUUCACCUUUCCUUUUCAUUUUCAUUUUCUUGUGUCAUAUUGGACCUUAAGUGUUAUGGAUCUACGGAUUCAUGUUAGUUCCCCUGAUAAUGGAAUUAUCGAGUUGGACCAGGAGUCUGAGAUAAUUAGUGAAGAAACUUUAGCUCAGUUGGUUAAUGAUGAUGAACACAGUUGGCUUUCAAUUGAUUUGAUUUCGACAAACGGCGUUAAUCAUCGUUCUAACGGUAAACCUGCAGGAACAAAUAACCAUUUUUCUCAAAAUAAUGAUGCUGGUCUCUAUGAGAACGGUGAAGGUGACGAUGACAAUAAUCAUGAACAAUAUGACAAAGUUGCCUCUGAGCAACAACACAACGGCAAGCAAGAUUGCGAUUUAAACAAUUGGUUAACAACUGUUCUUGAUAAUGAGGCUUACAAGUCAACUAAAGAUAAUCUUGUUCGUGAAUUGGAUAAUUUAGCAGUUCUGCAUAAAUUGGAAUCUUCUUCCAGGUCUAAUAAAUUUGGUCGAGUGGCUAUGCCUGAAAGAAAUUUAGAAACCCGAUGGGAAUCCAAGUUGGAGUACAAUAAAGAAGCAAAGCUUGAUACAAGAACCAUAACUAAAAGAAAACCAACAUUUUUCAAUCGAUUCUUAUCUUCAGAAGAAUUAUCGCCAAGUAAUGGUAAUUUGAGAAAUACCAAAUUAAACUACAGUAGUUCCAAUAUUAGUGGGAGUAAUACCAACCUUAAUAAUCAUCUGGGUGGCAGUAACAAUGAAUUGGAGAGUACUUUUACCAUGAGAAAGACCAAGCUCAACAAUACAUUUACCAUGGAUGAUGAAGAAAAAAUCAACCCAAAUGAGUCAUUUACAAUUACACGGAGGGACCAAAUACCCCAAUCAUCUCAACAAAUUAUUCAACAAAGGGAUCAACAAUAUUUAUCAAAUACUGCUACGGUCACUCGAGGUUUGAAUGGUGUGACAAAUCGUAAAAUUGAGCAAGAUCAGCCUGUAAAGAAGAAGCCUAUCUCAAUGUAUUCUGUUUAUGCUGAGCCUACUGACAGCCGUCCAAUCAGAAGCAGCAACUCAAAUGUAUUAAGUGCAUAUCGAUUGUUUAAGAGUUCUGCCCUGAAUCGCCAAUAUGAAUAUAGAGAUGACGAGUUAAUUUUAAACAACACUCGUUAUUCACCUGAAUAUUUAUCUAUGACUAGAAAAGCAAGUACACCUAUAACAAACAAUACCGUAUCGACUGCUCGAAUGAUCAAGCGAAAUGGUACAUUCACUUGUAAUAAGCCAACUCUUCCUCCUCGUAUUGUUGGCUCAUUCAUCCCCAAGCCUAAAUAGUUGAUUGACGAAGGAAAAGAAAUAAAAAUGGAUCCAAGAGGAAGCUGUACUAUGUUUAUUUGUGCCUUGCAAGAAAAUUUUGACGUCGACUUUACUUCAUGUAUUCCUUUCUUUAACUUGAUGUUUCCUCUUUUUUUAAAACAAGAGUCUUGGGGACUCUUUUUUUUAAGUAUCACAAGUAAAGAGAUGAGACAAAAGUAAAAGAAGAAAAAAUAAAAUCAACUUAUUUCAAACGUU